AUGAGCAUAAGCAAAGAGUCAUCCAAAACCAUGAUCGACAUUGAGAAGAAGGCAGGAGAAGGGAAAGACAGUAAAGGUGGAUCCAAGCUGACCAAGAAAGAACAGUUCCUUUUUCCAUUCACGUUUAUCCUAAUUGGUCUCAGUUCAUUAAAUGUAUGGAAUACAGCAUUGGGCUUAAAUAUAAAUUUUAAAUACAACACAUUUCAGAUAACCGGUUUAGUUUGUUCAUCCAUUAUAGCCCUAUUCAUCAAGGUGCCUAAAAUAUUAUUGCCGUUCGCGUUAGGAGGGCUAGCCAUACUGUGUGCAGGUUUUCAAAUAGCUCACCAAUUUUUUACCUUCGAUCAGUUUGACACCUAUUGCCUAAUAGCCUUCAUAAUUAUAGGAAUAAUGGCAGGACUGGCACAAACGAUUGCAUUCAGUGUUGGCACAACGAUGAAAGAAAAUAUGGGUGGGUAUAUGUCAGCAGGGAUUGGUAUUUCAGGAGUGUUUAUAUUCAUAAUAAAUUUGCUACUAGAUCAGAUUGUACCUGACCAGAAAAAGUUUGGGGUAAAUGAAGCCAAGUUACUGUACCUGUACAUCAUUUGUGAAGUAUGUCUAGUGUUAGCAAUCAUAUUUAGUGUGUGCAACUUGGAGCUAUCCUCCAGCAGAACGUCGAAAGAGGAAGAAUACAACGAUAAGGAACAAGGACUCUCUUACAUGGAAUUAAUUAAAGACAGUUACAAAGCCAUCUUAGCCAUGUUUUUAGUAAACUGGCUCUCUCUACAGUUAUUCCCAG